UGAUCAUUGUGAUGUUAGCGCUUAUCAAACAAAUCAUGACACGAUAAGCGAUGUUUAUCUUGUCCGAGGCGAGCGCGCGCCGAGCGUUGAUGUCGAAUGCUCGCCGUGAGGGCAGUGUCGGGGCAGUGCGUAGCUCGUAGCGCGUUAUCGGGAAAGCGCGGGAAAAGCGGCGGCUAUCAGUAUCAGCCAUUCAGCUCGCCUCUAUCGUACCUCAGUAGGCUCGCGCCCGCCGCUGGAGAUGGACGGGACCGCGCGUGCUCUGUUCCUCGCACUCGCGGCAAUCGCGCUCGCGAUCGCGCGCGCCCACAUGUCGCCCGCCUCCCACGACAACAUACUCCGAAUACAACUCUGGGACGCGGAAGGACUGAGCCGGGAAUCCGUAUCUACGGAACCUACGUCCACGAUCCGCAAUAGGCAUCGCAAAGUAAAAGUUAACUUGGACGCCUUGUACGAUGCGAUGAUGGGUGAUGAGUAUCACGGUGGUGCGGAAAGAUUCGCGAGGCAUAAAGUUAGGCAUAAGAGGCGGCGGCCCCGGCAGAGCGGGACCGACCUGCCGUGGAGGUUCCACUCUGGGUCAGGGUUACGGAACGUGGCGGUGUUCGACGACGACGUGCCCUGGGACGUUAUCGAGGGGAGAAGCUCUGGAAGCGUGAACGCGAGUGCUGUGAGUGAUUCAAGUGCCCCAGUGAAUGUGGAGCGAGAUGUGUCCCCGCCGAUGACGCUGCGCCAGGACGAGGAGGAUGAGGAAGUCAAGAAACAACUGCCGGUCGUGCCGAAAUGCUGUGCGAGCGGACAAAACUUAACGCUGACUUUAGUGGACGGCAAAAUCAAAUCCGUUUGUUCGCGGUCCACGCUUACCUUCCAACCGAUCUUCCAUAAAGCAAACGAAACGCACAUUUGGAGCUACGAUAGCAACGUUUUCGAGACAAUUGUUGGCAAUCCCUGCAGUUACGACAGAUAUAAAUUGGAGCCAGACAAAGUCAGUGAAGAUGAAUUCUAUCUUCUAUUCAAUGGAUCACUUUUUGUGCCAUUUAGUCAACCGCCUCUGCUCGGAACAAGGGAUUUUUGUAUGGAGACAUUUUGGAAUGAAUCCAAUCCAGCUGGAGUGACUCUUCCAUUGGUGUGUUUUCAAACAGCUAUAGAGGAAGCGAGUUCAUCAGCGACCCUUAUCGCAUAUGCCACAGGUUUGAUCAUUUCGGUGCCGUUUCUACUCGCAACGGCUACCAUCUACACAUUUAUCACUGAACUGAGAGAUACACACGGCAAAGCAUUAGCAUGUCACUCGAUUUGUCUUGCAGUAGCAUUUAGCUGUUUAGCUGCAACUCAGUUGGCGGGACACGCCUUUCCAUCUCCAGCUUGCACUAUUAUGGCAUACCUCAUCCAGUUCUCGUUCGUAUCUUGCUUCUUCUGGUUAAAUGUCAUGUGUUUCGAUACUUAUUUGAACGUACGGCGAUACAUCCACUCAUCGGUAAGCAGAAGAAGUAUGAGACGAAGGUUCGCGUGGUACUGCGCGUACGCUGUUUUGUUACCAGUAAUAUUACUAAUAGUGACAAUCACUAUGGAUUUAUCACCAGCCGUCCCCAGCACAUAUUUGAAACCAAACUUUGGUGUCAAAGGCUGUUGGUUUAAGACGGACCAGGCGGCGUUGCCCUAUUUCUACGGGCCGGUGGCGGUCAUACUCUUUAGCAAUCUCAUAAUUUUUUUAUUAACCUCAAGAGCUUUUGCCAAGCAUUAUGAUAAGCUUAAAGAUGUCACGCCACUGGACAUAGCCCACUCAGACUUUAGCACAGCAUCAGACGACUGGGUAAGGCUCAGCACCGUGCUGGGCCAGCCUCUACCAGUGCAGGAGAGACCAUCACCAUCUCCACGAGAGCCACAGAUCAACUAUAAUCAGCGGCUGAAGAAAUAUAAAAAAAUAUUCCGGACAUGCUGUAUGCUGUCCGUGAUCAUGGGUCUAUCGUGGGUGCUGGAGGUGGUAUCGUGGGCGGCGGGAGCGGGCACCACAGCUGUGUCCGUGUGGUCCGUAUUCGACCUCAUCAACGCGCUGCAGGGUGUCGUCAUAUUCGGCAUCUUCGUACUGCAACAACCCGUCCGCUCUUUUGUUAAGCUCUCAAAACUUUGCAAAGUGUGCAGAAGAAAAAAGGACGGGUCAGAAGUGUCAGUAGUAAGUGAUAGAAAUAGCAUCGACUGUGGCCCCGGCCGAAGGGACUUUGUGUAGUUUGUGAUCAAUGUGUAAUGAGUAGGUAAUGACUCUGUGUAAUAUAUUAUGACAAUGACAUAAUAUACGAGUAUGACGUAAUAGUAUGACGCUGAGACUGAUAAUAGUAUUACGCUGGAUGGAUUUUAGAAGAUAUUAGGACAUCAAAUGCAGUAUUGGAAUAAGGUUUGGUAAAUAUUCUUGUUGUGUUGAGUAUGGUAUGAAAAUGUAUUGCUGCGUUCGGACUGACGAGUUGUAAUCCUCUCUCAAACGUCUGAAUAUCGCCUUUAAUAUGGAUAUGAUACGUCUACCUAUCGGGUGAUAUCUAGAUAUUCCAUCAAAUUCUGCUCUGAUAUUUUAUAGAUACAGUUCAAGGUUUUGGAGGCUUAUGCUACACAGUUCAGAACAUAUUUCGAAGUUCUGAGUUAGAAUGUUCUGGUACUUAUAGUUCGCACGCAGCAAGUUUUUUUUUUGGUAUGUUACCAAUUGUUUUCAUAACUUAAAAUGUUAUGUUAUUAUUAAUUUUAUUAACUCGGUAGUAAAAUUUGUUGCAUCUAGUUCGUGGUAAAAUAUAUUUUGUACUGGGACUAACAAGUUUUGCGAUGGCACGAAAUUGUUUUGUGCAAAUAUCUACUAAUUUGUAAUUAAUUUUUUUUUUACUAAAAACUGGAUUAGUUGUAUGCUAUGUGUUUCUAAUAAGAAUAACAUCAUUCUGUAUAUUAUUUAAUAACAAAUAUUGUCGUUUUUGUUGUUAAGAUAGCUAGCGAACAAAUGUAAGAAUUAAAAAAAAAUAAGUCAGUAUAAAACUUUAUAAAGAUAAAAUGUUAGAGUAAAGGUUUGACAGGUAUUCGAGCUACGGAGUGAUGUUUUUAUUUGAAACGCAAAGUUUACUGAAAAUUAGAUGGAAACAUAAUCUUUUUCUUCGUAUUCCUGUGAUAGUGUCUUAAACUAUUUAUUUGCAAAUUCACCGUAGGUACUUUCUCGAUUACUUAUACUGUUUUCGCAAAGUUCCUCAAGAAAUGGCCCAGAAGGAGAAAAGUUUGUGAUAUAGCGUUCUGUUCCUCUGAAUAGUAAAUAUAUUUGUGGGACAAACUAUGUAGAUACGGCAGGUAAAUGGACCCCCGGUAAAUUUUAUGUUUGCUUUCCCGUAGGAAAAUUUGGAAUAGGUAGUGAAAAUCAUUUUUAACCAAACAUUCUCGCUUCGUGUUUAAUUUGCAACCAUAUUGGACGGUGUAAUUACAUUUUAUUGUCGUUGAUAAAACUGGGAUUUAAUUAUUUUUUGACGAAUUACGUUUCAUUUCUGUAUAAUUGGUUUUUGGUCCUGAUGAAGUCAAAUAUUGAUUGUGGUGAUAGUAGUUUGGUAUACCUAACAUAAUGCCUUGAUUUCAUAUUCUGUAAGUUUUAGUCACGUAAGUGGCUUACGCAAUUAGUUGAUAACAAAACUGAGCUAAAUGUACUUCUUACUUACAAGAGCGUUAACAUUAGUAAAGUUGUAAAUUAAUAAUGUAAGUAGCUUACGUGAGUAAAACUAACAGG